AUGUCACAUACCCAGUAUGCUUUGCAUUGUACACAUACCGUAUGUGUACAAUGCAAAGUCACAACAACAACUUAUCCAAAUUUAUCAGUCGUCGUACGUUAUAAUCACACACAUUUACCAGAUGAAUCCUGCGCAAAAAUAUUGGAAAUUAGAAAAUUGUUAAAACGUAAAAGUACUGCAGAGGCAGGUCCAAUUGACUGUAUAGUUGAAGAAGCAUAUAAUAAUGCCAAUCGUCAAUCUUCAUCAACUGAUUUACUUACUAACUUUCCACUACUGCAUAUAAUGAAAAAUACAUUACAAAGACAUCGUCGGAAAAAUCGUCCACCAGUUCCACAUACAAUAGAACAAUUGCCAUUUCCAUUACCGGACACAUACUAUAAAACAACAAAUGGUGAAUCGUUUUUAUUAUAUGAUGGAUUACUUGCUGGCACUCGUUCACUCAUUUUCUCGUCAUACGGUGAUAUCGUUCAUCUAUCGCAACAAGAACAUUGA